AUGGAGAUCUACGAGAACCCCAGAAAUCCCGGUGUGAUCGAAAAUUCACCAGAUUUUCUAGAUGAACCCGAACAAGGUGGGGUUUUGGUGUACAUUGACAAUUCCAAUAUUUGGAUAAAUACAAUGAAAAUGAGUGCCAAAAUACUUAAGUUUGGAAGUGAUAUAAAGCAAGAUCACAGAACGAGACUUAGUGUCCUCAAACUUAUACGUGAGGCGAGUGAAGGAAGGCAAAUUAUCAGAGCGGUAUUGUAUGGCUCGGAACCUCCAGCAGUAGGAAAGUUUUGGAAUAAUGUCAAGGAAGGCAAGGUUGAGGUGAAGGUUACCAGAAAGUCAACAUACUCCAACAAAGAGCGAGAGGUUGAACAGAGCAUAAUGUUGGAUAUCGGAGGAGAUCUUGUCAUCCACCAAAAUCACGCGAGGUUUGGAGGCACUCUCAUUCUCUUUACGGGAGAUGGAGGAAUGAUAUCUGCAGUCGAGAGAGCUUUACAGUACAACUGGAACGUUCAUCUGUGGGCUUAUCGGGACACUACGGCGAAAGGAUAUCUAGAGAUUGCUAAAAACAAUGAAAAAUUCCAAAUAAAAUAUAUGGAUGACUGUUUCAAAGAAAUGGUGUUUUACACUUUGAGUUGGACAAGCAAGCAUAUUCCUAGUGAACGAUCUUUUGUCAUAACGUUUAACCGGUUGCCUACAGCUCAACGGGACGAAGUACUUAAAAUAUUUGUUGAAGGGGUGACUGAGCUCGUUAGAAUGCCCAUGGCUGGAAGGUAUCUGAAGCACAAGAACGGGGAAGGGUCUGAGGAUUCCCAUCUAGUUAUUGUUUGUAGCGUGGGGAAACAUGUUUUAAAAGAAGACUCAAGAAGUGAUUCUUUCCAAAACACUAACGCUCUAAGCCAUCAAAGUCACAGCAAUCAGGGGGCAGGCAAUACUUACAAAGGCCACCACGAUGGUGGAGGAUUCAGUGAUGAUAAACAGGAUAAGACAGAAGGCUUCACUUUCACUGAAGAUCAGUGGAAAUCCAUCCCUGAAGUUUUUGGUUUCCAACCCGACGUUUCCGAAGGGUCCACUGCGCUUAAGAAGAGGGCUGAGCAUUUUAUCCAAGAUGUACUUCACACCAAUGCAAGCUUGCUGGAUAACCCAAACUAUGACUUUAACAGGGACGUUUACGCCAAAAUGGAGGCUUAUUUAGCGAAACAACAUAAUGCUGACAUUUCCUCUGACCUUAAGGAACAGUUUGAUCGAUGUAUCAAAACUUAUGAACCCACGAUGAAGUCUUUCAUCGCAUUCCUACAAAAAAACACGCUCGAAGAUUACAUACUAUACGAGCUGGUAGAGUCUCCUGCAGAGGUGGAUGAUGGACAAGGAGGGCCGUAUACCGUACAAACAAGAAAAGCUAGACCGAGGCAUCAAAAGUAUUCAGCGGAAUGCAAUCAUGGCUUCAGAUGUAGGGAUGGGUUCAAAUGGUACGUACAUACUUUAAGCAGUGCAAACUGUCAACAACAGAUUGACCUAAAGGUAUAA